AUGGAGUUCUCCCUUUCCAUUCUCCUUCUCUCCGCCAUCGCCGGCAUCUGCGCUAGUACUCCCAUCCCCAAAGGUACCUCCGCCGCCGGCAUCAACAUCUUUAACCAUGGCGAACUGCGCAUCUACUACCAAGACAAGCGGUCCUCCGGCAUUAGCGAGAUCGUCACAGGUCUUCCAACUGCACUAGUUGGAGAAGAAACGCUCAUCUUUAGCGGAGCGACGCGUGCGAAUACGCCGCUUGCGGCGCUCAGUUGGGUCGAUUCGGGGGAUACAGUGCCGAAUAUCCGCGUCUACUACGUCACACCGCGUACUACUCUCGGCGAGGUAGCAUACUCCCCGGUGUCCGGAUGGAACUCAGGCGGCGACCUUGGGUUCGCUGUGCUGCCGGGCUCAGAGGCGAUGUGCUGGUUGUCGGGUAUACGAAUGAUGCUGGAAACCUGA